AUGUCUCUCUCCAACAAGCUCUCUAUCGCAGACGUCGACCUCAAGGGCAAGCGCGUCCUGAUCCGAGUCGACUUCAACGUCCCCCUCGACUCUGACAAGAAGAUCACAAACAACCAGCGCAUCGUCGGCGCUCUCCCCACCAUCAAGUAUGCCGUCGAAAAUGGAGCUAAGGCUGUCAUUCUCAUGUCCCAUCUCGGUCGCCCUGAUGGAAAGCCCAACGCGAAGUACAGCCUCAAGCCGGUUGUUCCCGAGCUCGAGAAACUCCUGAGCAAGAAGGUCACCUUUACCGAGGACUGUGUGGGCAAGCAGGUCGAGGAGACUGUAAACGGUGCUAGCGAUGGACAGAUCAUCCUCCUAGAGAACUUGCGCUUCCACGCUGAGGAGGAGGGCAGCUACAAGGAUGAGGCGGGCAAAAAGGUCAAGGUUGACAAGGCGAAGGUCGAGGAGUUCAGGAAGGGACUGACUGCUCUGGGUGACAUUUACAUCAACGAUGCCUUCGGUACCGCCCACCGCGCCCACAGCUCUAUGGUUGGUGUCGACCUCCCACAAAAGGCCUCUGGGUUCCUCGUCAAGAAGGAGCUCGACUACUUCGCAAAAGCGCUCGAGGAGCCCAAGCGACCAUUCCUCGCUAUCCUCGGUGGCGCCAAGGUCUCCGACAAGAUCCAGCUCAUCGACAAUCUGCUCGGCAAGGUUGAUAGCUUGAUCAUCUGCGGUGGCAUGUCCUUCACUUUCAAGAAGACACUCGAGAACGUGAAGAUUGGAAACAGUCUGUUCGACGAGGCUGGCAGCAAGACCGUUAAGGACCUUGUUGAGAAAGCGAAGAAGAACAACGUCAAGAUCGUGCUGCCUGUCGACUACAUCACUGCAGACAAGUUCGACAAGGAUGCCCAGACUGGAUAUGCUACGGACGAGGAUGGUAUCCCUGAUGGCUGGAUGGGUCUCGACUGCGGAGACAAGUCAAUCAAGCUCUACAAGGAGGCUAUCAGCGAGGCUAAGACCAUUCUGUGGAACGGCCCCGCUGGUGUGUUCGAGUUCGAGAAGUUCGCCAAGGGCACAAAGGAGACUCUAGAUGCUGCCGUUGAGGCUGCACAGAGCGGCAAGAUUGUCAUCAUCGGUGGCGGUGACACUGCGACCGUUGCGGCGAAGUACGGUGUAGAAGACAAGUUGUCGCACGUCUCGACUGGUGGUGGUGCGUCGCUGGAGCUGCUUGAGGGCAAGGAUCUGCCCGGUGUCUCUGCUCUGUCUAGUAAGUGA